AUGGCGGGACUGCGGUUCGCGGUCACCAUGCAACGGUUAAUACCGUUUCUGGGCUACCACCAUGUUCUCAUGAUCUUGAUCGCCAUUGCUAUCAUCUUACUAUCACUAUUACUAGCGGGGUGCUCAUCCACUUCACCGCUCAUACCCGGCAUCUUCCUCAUCUCACUAUGGUACGAAAAGUACACACCAGCCUACGCCAUCGAACAAGUCGACCCUGGCGUUACACAAGCCAUCGCAAACAUUGUCGGUAAUGCGCGACUCGGUGUCCGCGUCGGAUACUUCGGUAUCUGCAUCAACCGGGACGGCGGCGGCUACAUCUGCUCCAACAACGCAACGGCGCUUGUAGACAACCUUUCUGUCGACCAAGACCCCCUCAACCUAGUAUGGAUCGCCGCUACGUUCAAGGAUGCCGUCGUCUUCCCCUAUCUGCUCAUUGUCGCCAUUAUCCUCGCCUUCUUCACCUUCAUUCUCCUCGCAACAUUCCCUGGGUGGCACGAGGAGCGCGAUGAGCGAACGGGAUCCGACGUCGACGUCAAGCCCUUCCCAUCAAGGCCGGUCUCUCAAGUCGCCCUCGCACUCAUCUUCAUCUCAUCCAUCUUCGUCCUCGUCUCCGUGCUGUGGCAACACACAGCGUCAGUAGCAGCAGCAACCAUCGCACAAGACCUGGGGAACGGGAGCGUAAAGUCGGGAGUCGGGACUUCAGCCAUGGUGCUAGGCUGGUUCGGCUUUGUAUUGCUGAUAAUAGUAACCAUUGGGUUGCUCGUCAUGAUAUUGAGCAUCAUUGUUUUGGAUCGCUUGACCGACAAUGAUUAA